AAACUAAAAGUAUCACAUUUGAAGGGGAAAAAAUUAUAUAUUUUCAUUUCCUUUUUUUAUGACUGGCUACAUAUAUUUUCAUUUCCCCUAUUUUAUAUGAGAAGCCACUAGUCUAGUGUAUGCAUAGUGAAAGACGCUUCACAGUGACAGAGGCAUCCGUUCUCGUUCAUCUUCUCUACCAAACCCACGAAACUCCCAACAGAAGCCUCAACAGAGGCCUUUAUUUUACAUUUCUCCAACUAUUGUUAGGAGAAUGGUGCAGGUAGGUACUGCAAUGUUAGAUUUCCUCCGUCACUGCGGCGGCGUCGCCGUGAUCGACGGCGGUCUCGCGACGGAGCUUGAACGGCACGGCGCCAAUCUCAACGAUCCUCUUUGGAGCGCCAAAUGCCUCCUAACCUCCCCUCACCUCAUCCGUGCCGUACACCUUGAUUACCUUGAAGCCGGUGCAGACAUAAUUAUUACAGCAUCUUAUCAGGCAACUAUACAAGGGUUUGAGAACAAAGGCUAUUCUCUAGAAGAAAGUGAGAACUUACUCAGAAAGAGUGUCGAGAUUGCACUCGAGGCACGAGAAUUGUACUACAGUAGGUGUAGUGAAUCCUUUACCGAUCAUAAUCCAGGUGAAAAGAUCCUCAAGCAACGAGAAAUACUCGUUGCAGCAUCUGUUGGUAGUUAUGGGGCUUACCUAGCCGAUGGUUCUGAAUACAGUGGUGAUUAUGGAGAUGCUAUGGAUUUGGAGUUCUUGAAGAAUUUUCAUCGAAGGAGAGUUAAGGUUCUUGCAGAUUCUGGUCCUGAUCUUAUAGCCUUUGAAACAGUACCCAACAAGCUCGAAGCUCAGGCAUUUGCUAUGCUUCUCGAGGAAGAAGAGAUAAAUAUUCCUGCAUGGCUCUCUUUUAAUUCUAAGGAUGGAGUUAAUGUGGUUAGUGGUGACUCUUUGUCCGAGUGUGUUGCGAUUGCUGAAUCAUCCGACAAAAUCGUUGCGGUUGGGAUCAAUUGUACCCCUCCGAGAUUUAUCAGGGAUCUGAUUUUAUCCAUCAAGAAGGUGUCGUCCAAACCAAUACUCAUUUACCCAAAUAGUGGUGAAAGUUAUGAUGCCGAUCGGAAGGAGUGGGUGCAAAAUACAGGGGUUUCGGACAGAGACUUUGUUUCGUACGUAAACAAAUGGUGUGAAGUAGGAGCAUCUCUCGUUGGAGGUUGCUGCAGAACAACUCCCCACACUAUCAGAUCAAUUUAUAAAACCCUCUCCUCCACAAGAUCUGCCGCUCCCCCAUCUUCAUGAUCACAAUUUCUAAACGAGUAAAAACGAUAGUUUUUUACUAUCUCCAGUCAGGACUGACUUUUAGUUUAAAAUUUUUGUUUGAUUUACAUGUCUGGUGUAUCACACUUAUGAUCGACAAUGCUUUCCUCUAGUUGGCAAUACUUCUGUAACAUUGAUUUUCGAUUACGCAAUCGUUGCUCUGUUUUUCUAAUUCAGACAAUCUUUUAUU